GGAGGCGGGGAGGAGGUUGACCAAGGCAGGAGGAAGGACGAAGGGAUGGGUCCCCGGUCGGACUCUCCGCAGGAGUCACUGAGGAAUGAAUUUGUUUCGGAAAGACUCGGAAGCUUCUCCAGGUGGAAAUAAAGAUAACAUCAGAGCAGGAUGCAAGAAGUGUGGAUACCCUGGUCAUCUGACAUUCGAAUGUCGAAACUUCCUCCGAGUAGAUCCUCAAAGAGAUAUUGUUUUAGAUGUUAGCAGCACUAGCAGUGAAGACAGCGAGGAAGAAGAACUACAGAGAUUGCAAGCCAUGCGUGAAAAAAAAAAUUUAAAUGAGGAGGAAGAAAAAAAGAAACAAAAAAGAAAAAACAAAGAAAAACCAAAAUUAAAGAGACCAAGGAAAAGAUCUUCCUCAUCAAGUGCAGCUGAAGAGGACGGGCAAAAGUCAAAAAAACAAAAAUCACACAAAAAAGAAAGGGAAAAGGAAAAAAAGAAUAAAUCUAAGAAAGGAAAACAUCGUAAAAAGGAAAAGAAGAAGAGACGAAAGGAAAAAAGUUCAUCUUCUGAUAGUUCAGACAGUUCUAGUAGUGACUGAGAUGCUGGCUAUUUUUGUGUUCAUUUCUGCAGAGAAUAUGAUUUUCCUUUCAAAUCAAAUUUAUUUAUGCUUUGCAAUGCUGUUGUUUUAAAAUGAUAUAUAUAUAUUUUUAAGAAAUCUGUUUGCAAAUAUCAGUGCUUCAAAUAAUUAAAUGAACCAUUUGGGAAAAGAAUCUGCUCCUCUAUUUCAAGUUUAUUAGUACUGAACCAUGCAAGUUUAACUAGUUCUUCACUCUUAUUCUUAGUUCAGUUGCGAUUAGCUGUAUUUGGAAUCAUUCACACUAGGAUAUGGUAAGCUUCAGUUUGCUAGUCAUUGUGUAGAAAGAUUUGGACUUAAAUAUGCUUAAUGUCAGAGUGGUUAAAUCAAAUUUGGAAAUUAAAGUAAGAUUUUCUAUUAUGUUAUUCUCUAAAUAAAUGUAUGUUUUGCAUAACAUUUUCUACUUAUAUACGUUAACCAGUAAGUGCAAAUACGAAGUAGAGUGUGGGUCCGGAGAAGGGAAAGAAUGAGCAAUGAGAAGCUAAAACAGAUUGUUUGUUCAAAAUUAUCUUCUAAAAUUGAUCUAGUCAUAGACUGUGAAACACAAUUACUUAUUCUUCUGUAAGGAUCACUGUGAGCAAGCUGGAAACAAACAAAAGCUAUUAAUUUUUCAAAGUCCUUUCUGCCUAGGUUUUGUUCUUUUACAAUUGCGACUAUUUCAUCUUUGAGAUAGUUGUAAAGUGCCACUUCCUUACACUAGAUGACUAUCCAGCAAGAUUGUUUACAAAGUUCUAAGAACUGUGUUAAUACGAUAAUAUGGUGAUUAAUGCUUACAUGAACGAAAACAGGAAAUUCAAAGACUGACAAGUGACAAGAAUUGUGAAGCCUCUGUUCAUUAUAAUAGAACUCCCAUUGAAAAGUUACAAAGCAAACAAACAAGCCAACCUCUUGUGGAAAGUAAGCAAUCUGUCAUGUUAAAGUUGGUAGCAAAAUUUACCAUUUGCUAUUGGGAGCAAUGUUAAGUAUGUCAAAAUUUUAUAACUGAAUUCAGGAGUAUCCAAUUCAUAUUAUGUUCUGUGGUAAGGUACAGGUUCAAGAUAGGCUGAUACUUUUGAGUUGAGCAGAUUUUAGGGAUAUAAUCUUGCCCCAGAAAUGCCUAAACCUCAAAGUGCUUAUGUUUACAGCUUCUUGAAAAUGCUCCUCUUGCCUGUGGUUUCAAGUUUUUUUUGCUUAGACACAGAACUGCUUACACCUCAGCAGCUUGGCACACAGCUGCAGUGUAAGUCUCAUAGGAGUCAAAGUAUGAGGAAGAGCAACAACUAAGCUUUCUUAAGAAUAGUAUCUGUUGCCUAUGUUUUCUACAGUGGGUAAGAGCAUUGGGUCGGUACAAAACGUUUUAUGGUAUUUUAAUGACUACCGUAUUUGCCCUGAAAGUGAGAUGUCUAGAUCUAACUCUGUCUUUCAGACCUUUAUGUCUCAGACCCAUACCCUUAUCAUUAGGCAACUCAUGCUGUCAGUGCUGUGCUACAGAACAUUAAAGAUCAAAAUACUCAUGAAAACCACAGAGCAAAAAGAAAUAAUCUGUAACCUUCUAUGUAGGUCUCUCAAUAGAGGAUGGCAAGAGUCCUUGCAUCUGCUCUUUUUCUCACUGGCGUUGGUCCAAUCUAAUUUUUCAUGUCUUAUAUCAUGAUUUCUGGGAUGGGCUUGGAUAAUAGAACUGAAGAGAGACUGGACUCUUCAAUUAGCUGAUACCUGUGCAUAGUAUAAGGAACUUUUAUUUUGUAAGUAUUAAUUUAACAAAUUCUGGCACCCUGUUCACUCUAGUCUCCUUAGUGUUGCUGUGGCUGUUAAGAGCUUAUUUUUGACUGGGUUAAUUCUCUAAGACAGUUAUUCUGUAGAGUGCAACAGGGGACUUGUGGGCUACUAAGCCAGUACUGUUGCCAAAGGAAAUACUUAAUCAAGCCACAGCUUAAGACACAGCUCAUUGUGAUUUAUUUUUUUUUCCCCUAAAAUGUUCCUUACUUAAUGAGGUUGGGUUAUUUGAGUUAGGGGAAUUCAGAACUUGCAUGUAAUUCUCCCAUGAUCUUCCCAUGAUCUCCCAGUGAUCCCAUGAUGCCAAUUCUGAGGAAUGGGAGUUUGUACUUUAUUUGUUUCUCGAUCUUUGAAAGCUUCAUCUGAAGACAGGAAGGGAAAUUUUACUGAGCUUUCUAUACCAGAGUGGCUGAAGAGUUUAUUAAACAACCCUUAUUUGAGUUAAUAUAUCUCUAUGCAUAAGUAUAAUUUAGACAUCAAAUUACAUUUAAGGACAAAUUAGGGAAUGGAUAGAGGCAUAAAAUUCAGAAAAGCAGCUGGUAGCUAUUUUAGUGCUCCUUAUGCUUUUGUGUAGUUUAAAAUAGCCAUUUUAGAUUCUAGUUCUAAUUGUUGAAAUCAAAAGAUCACCUAUCUAAAUGAUAGUGCAAUUACUUACCAUGUAGCAUUACAGCAGCUAUUUAUGGUAGUUACAGUGGUUACAAGAGUAAGGCAUGAAUUUCGGUGUUCGUGUCUUGGCACUUGUUACUGGCGUACAUAGAUUUUCAUAUUGGAAAAAGGCUUUUCUAAUUUGAACAAUUUAAAUAUUGCUAUUCUCUCAAUUCAGGUAUUUAUGUAACAGAGAGAAUAUAAUGUGUCGGGUUAUUUUUCAGGCCAUAUUCCCAUUUUAUUUACAAAGAUGUAUGUUAAUGUCAAUAGAUUUUUUCUGCAGAAGUGCUCAGGAUUUCAGGUACGUUAACUGAUACAUUGAGGAGAUGCUGCAAUGAACAGUUCUCUGCCAAGUUAAUAUUUGCUAAUCUUUUAAAGUGAUAUAAAAAUAAAUAUCAUUGGUUUUCUUA